UGACUAGUCACUGCCAUACACUGCUACUAUAAGCUACAACAGUAGGAAGAAGAAUGUGUGUGGUGUGUUUGGAAAAGACUUCACAAUCAUAUCCAUAUAGGCCCCAAUAUACACUCCACGUAGUCUCUUUAUACUCUGUACAUAUUGCAUUAUCAGUUACAUUUAAUUUUUGAUUUUGAUCCGGAUCUCUAUUCUGUCGGAUAUAUCCCCCAAAUGGUACAGAUUUCACAAAGCCUAGACGCGACAUUAUCCAUUAACUGCAAAAAAAUGACUAGUGAGACAUUUGGCAGCCCCACAUUUUAAGCGCCUACCUAUUCACUUAUAUUAUUCCUCUCUAUAUUUACACACCUUCUUCAUCCUUAUAGCCAACAAUCAUUUCCCGCUAAUAAUUAUGACAAAGGUAACUCCUGUGUCUGCCUUGCAAGUUAUGGAUGCCACAAUCCAGUGUAUCCCCGAGCUACAAUUCAUGUCGCCAGCUAAUAUCAAGCACUUAUACUACAACUUAAUUAAAUCAAAUCCUUAUGUCAUUCAAAUGACUAUAUUCUUUACCUCCUUAAAAUCCACCAUCUACCAACAAUUACCUGAUUACCCAAGUAUUAAUCAGGUCCUUCAGUAUUCAUGGAUUACGUCUCAUUUUAUGACCAUAAUAGGGACAUUCUUGUUUUGUUUAAAUAUAACUGGUGAUUCACUUUUGUGGUAUUGGAUAUCAUUAUUUGGAUCUGUUUUAACUUAUUCGUUGGUAACGUAUCAUCAUUGCUUAAUUAAUUUAUCAUCAUCUGAUUCUGGUGGUCCCAAUAAUGAAAUUACUUUAGUGAAAAUAAUUAAUUCAGAAAACACUCCACUAUUAGGAAUGACCUUGUUAGCUUUAUUCACUCCCACUAAUUCUUUCAAAUUAUUACCUUCAACAAUUUAUUCCUUAUUGAAUUUAAUAAAUUAUGUAUUAAUUGAAUUACAUCCUACUUCAAAACUUUCAUCUUUGACAGUACCAUUAUUUGGAUUUUUAGAAGAGAAAUUAUUACUUCUUGCCGUCAAUAUAGAAUUAGGUAACUUAUUUGUUUAUGGUAUUCAAAGUAUAUUGAGUAGAUAUGCUUACUCCCUGAUCCUUUAUUUUAUGUUAAUUUGUUUAAAGAUUCAGAAUUCAUAUUAUUGUUGUGAAGCCAUAAAGCAGUGGUACUCAGUUAUUACUUUCUUCACAGGCUCAACAUUGCUUAAAGAUGAAGAUGACAAAGAAGAUGAUGAUGAGGAGGAGGAGAAGAGAACUAUAGUUGCAAAAGAUGAAGCUUAUGAAGAUCCCAUAGUGCAUGAUAAGGAGGAAGAAGCAUACAAAAAAUCAGUUCCUGUUAUUAAUACUUCAUACUUUGAUCACUUUUCUCUUUCAUCUCCCAAACAACCAACCAGGAUUACAUCUCUUAUGUUUGAUACUUUAAGUGUGAUUAACGAUGUAAAUUUUGGAUAAUCUAAAUUGUUUUAUAUAUACAUAU